AUGUCUAUCAAUAAAGGCGACGUCCUCACCAUCCCGGUCUACAACCAGGAGGCAGAGAACAACGCCAUCGAGCUCGAAUGGCAACAAGCUCGGCGCACCCGCACCGCGCGCUACUAUGUUGUCAAAGCCCGCAACCAGUCUAAGGAUAACGCCGACGUCUUGAUCUUUAUCCAGGACCGCUUCUACAAAGAUUUCAACAGAAACUGUCCUGGUGCUCGGCAGGAGGGCGACUCUUGGGUUGUUAGUAUCGAUCGCCAGUUCCAGUACGGUCAGAAGAACAAGAGCGGGGAAGGUCGCUGGCUUGCCCUCCAUGAUAAGAUGAACAUCCCGUAUCAGCAUCGCUUUUUGGUUUUGACUAUUGAGAGCAAGAUUAGUGAACAAGCCAAGAACUUGGCGAAGAUAUUUGGCGCUGAGGAUAUUGCUGAUCAAGUCAUGAAGCCUGACAGGCCCUUCGUUGGUGAUUACCUUCGUGACUUCUAG